CAUCCAUCCCCCCAACCCCCCCGGGAAAAUCGAAACAGGACUAAAAGGAAGACCAGCAGCGACAAGGAACCAACCAAGUUCGAGAGCAACAAACAAAGGGCACACCACUAGGCUACAGCAACGGCAGCACCAGGCAAAAGAAAAACUAUUUGGAGCUGGACAAGGAGCUGCUGCAGAACCAAAACGAUAACGAUAACGAGCACCAGCCGCAGCAGCAGGAGCAGCAGCAAGUACCCACACAGAGCGACGUUAACCAAUGGGCACCAACUCGGGAGCCACCGCUGGCAUCAAUAACAAGCCGGUUGGCGGUGCGGGAGCAGGCGUACUCGGCGGUGUUAACUCCUCGAUCGGCGGCGUUCUAACCAACAGCCUGGGCGGCGGAGGAGGCGGCGGCAGUGGCGGUCUGAGCAUCAGCGGUCUCAACGCUGGUGGGCAGAACGCCAAUGUGGGCGGCUUGGUCACCGGCAUGGGAAACGUUGGCGACGAGGGCGGUAACGGUAUGGCCGGUGGCGGCGGCGGACCCAACAAUCAGCAGGCAACAACGCCCCAAUACACAAUACCGGGCAUAUUGCACUUCAUCCAACACGAAUGGUCACGAUUUGAACUGGAGCGGUCACAAUGGGAUGUGGACAGGGCCGAAUUGCAGGCCCGCAUCGCAAUGCUCCUGGGCGAACGCAAGUGCUUGGAAAGCCUCAAAUCGGACCUGACGCGACGCAUCAAAAUGCUGGAGUACGCCCUGCGUCAGGAGCGGGCCAAAUUCUAUCGGCUCAAAUACGGCACCGAUCCGCCGCAACUGAACGAGUUCAAGCCCUCCAACGAGGAUGCAGCAUUGGCCGGCGAGGUGGCCACCGAUUCGGAGGUACCAUACAGCAGUGUUUCAAACACCACGUGGCGACAAGGACGACAAAUGCUGCGCCAGUAUCUGGCCGAGAUCGGCUAUACAGACAACAUCAUCGAUGUACGCUCCAAUCGGGUGCGCUCGAUCCUCGGGCUGAAUAACAAUGCCGAGCACGAUGGCAGCGGCGGUGGACUGGGCGGUUUGGGUGGCGGCAGUGGGACCGGUGGCGAGAACCUUAACCCGAACAUCAAUGGAAACGAGAGCAACAAACGCGCCUCGGAGACAGAAGGCCGUCAUACUCCCGCUAAAAAAGUGCAACAAUCGAUCGACGAGAUCAUCGUGGACACCGAGGCGGCUGUGAUGGCGAACUUUGAGUUCCUGGGCCCCAACGAGAUGUCCGACGACGACGAAAUAUCCGACGACCUGGAAAUGGUGGCAACCGACAAUGAUGACACCGACGUUAAAAUGGCCAAAAGGGCCAAGUCUGGCAAGGAUAUGCUAACCGAAGAUCUUGAGGCCGAGGUGGGAGAGCAGCUCUUGAACGAAAUGAAUCUUAUGAACGAAGAGGUAGACGGCUCCCUGGGAUUGGGCGAACUGGCCCAGCUAACGGUCAAUAAUGAAUCUGACGGAGCUUACGACACAAACUCCAAGGACGGAACUGGCGGCAGUGCCGGCGGUGCUGGUUACCGCAAGACCUGGAACGCCAAAUACACGCUUCGCUCUCACUUUGACGGUGUACGCUCAUUGAUUUUCCAUCCGGAGGAGCCGGUCCUGAUCACCGCCUCCGAGGAUCAUACGCUUAAAUUGUGGAAUCUGCAGAAAACCGUACAGGCCAAGAAGUCAGCCAGUUUGGACGUGGAACCGCUAUACACGUUCCGGGCACACACUGGCCCAGUUUUGUGUUUAGGCAUGUCGCCCAGCGAGACAUGCUACUCAGGUGGAUUGGAUGGCAACAUUGAAUGCUGGCAGCUGCCAUCGCCGAACAUUGAUCCGUACGACUGUUACGAACCGAACGUGCACUCCGGCACCCUCGAGGGUCACACAGACGCCGUGUGGGGCCUGACCACGAUGCAGAGCAACAUUGUGUCCUGCUCGGCGGAUGGCACUGUCAAGCUGUGGUCGCCGUUCAACAAAGAGCCACUGCUCCGCACCUACUUGGCAUCGGAGGCCGAGGGUGCGCCCUCGUCGGUGGACUUUGUGCGGAACGAGGUGGAUCACAUUGUGGUGGCGUACAACAGUGCACACUGCAUCGUCUACGAUACAGAGACGGGCAAGCAAGUGGUGCGGCUGGAGGCGGCGCAAGAGAUGUCCGGCAACACGGGGAAGUUCAUCAACAAGGUGGUAUCGCAUCCGACACUCCCGAUUACGAUUACGGCCCACGAGGAUCGUCACAUUCGCUUCUGGGACAACACCUCCGGCACACUUAUCCAUUCGAUGGUGGCGCAUUUGGAGCCAGUAACCUCAUUGGCCGUGGAUGCGCAUGGUCUGUAUUUGUUAUCCGGCUCACAUGACUGCUCGAUACGGCUGUGGAACCUGGACAAUAAAACGUGCGUGCAGGAAAUAACAGCGCAUCGCAAAAAGUUCGACGAAAGUAUAUUCGAUGUGGCCUUCCAUGCCACCAAGCCGUAUAUCGCCAGUGCUGGGGCUGAUGGCCUAGCCAAGGUGUUUGUCUAAGGAUCAUCUAAGCCACAACCACAAUCACAUGCACCACCAACACCAACACCACCACCACUAUGCGCACUCAACGGAUAGUAAGAAUUGAGAAUUCCGAAUAGAGUAUCCCGUGUGUGUGCGAACUCUGCAAGGAUGCAGUAUCCACAGCCAGCAGCUCACAGCUAAGCGAUUACGAGUUCAAGUUAAAUAAUUAUACAUACAUUAUAUAUAUAUACUAUACAUUUAAAUCUAAUUAUACUUCGAACCGAGAGAACAACAACAAAUUAUCCAUACAUAAACGCAAGCGGGGAAGAAAGCAAAACUAAAACCUUAAAAAACCCUUAAAAAAAAAAUACAAAAAAUAAAUUCAAAACGGCAUUUUGAGAAAGUCAAGUAGGAGAUAAUACGUGUAAUCUAGGAAAGUAAACUAUGAAGCAAUGCAUAUUGUGCAGCAUAUAUAGCCUCAAAAUAAGUGCAACACAUCAAUAAAACUUACAACAACAACACCGUAGCCGCAAAAACAAAAACAAAAAAAAAGAAUCUUGAUUUUGUUGUAAAAUCUUUUACACAAAAUCGAUUUAUCUUUUUUUAAUAAUUAUUAAUUUUCCUGGCACUUGCACAGCGAUUGUUCAGAUAUAUUUGCCUGUAAAUCAGCUCGACUUCCUGUACAUUUUUAUAUAUAUACAAAAAACGACAAAUUAUACACCCCAUAUAUAUAUACACUACAUAACAUAUAUACUUAAUCAGUGCCCAUGGCAAAAAAAAAUAAAUAAAUCCCUACAGUAGAUCGCCUGGCUGAUGGUAACUGGUAGAUGAACCCUCGCUGUGAAAGUGCUCCUCCUGCAUGAGGCCGGAUGUCCUGCGGCAGGAAUAAAAAUUGAAUGAUAAAACUUACGUAACUAUGUAGACGAUCAAAUUCUAUAGAUUAAGCAAAAAAAAAAAAGCAAACAUAAUGCAUAAUAACCAUGUAACCCCCGACUCCAUAUUAGCGGAAGGGCGAGAAAAAGUUGUAAAUUAACAUUAAUUAGAGAUGAUGGCAGAAGAGCAAGAAUUAGGCGGGCUUAUAUAUAUUUAUUUUCGAGUAGCGAUGUGAAACUGAAGCAAAACUUUACUAACUUUUAAGUGCAAAACAACAAAAAGCUUAUAUAAUUUUUAAUUGUCAUUUAAAAAAAAAAAAGGGGAGUAACGCAAUGCUUGAUGAUUGAUGAACGAACCACGAGAUUGGUGUGCAAAUGGCAGAUAUAAAUAAUAAUAAUUGCAGGCAAGCUAUAAAAACCGUAUGCUAAGCUAUUUAUUUAAUUUAUGCCUAGUAUUAAAAAGAUGGAAAACUAAAAAAAAAAAACAAAUGUUGGCGCCAAUCGCCGAUCCAAUGGAUUUCGUAGUUGAAUAUAAAAUUAGAUUCGCUUAUCGAUGAAUGCGUACUCGUAAUUUUAAUCAAUUAAAUCUACGUUGGAUGAUCAGAUAUAAAAAAAAAAUAUAUGUGACUUGAACGUGAAAGCCGAGCAACUCAAUAUUAGUUUUUAGUAUUACCAAUUAUU